AUGCUCAAAACUGAUAUCAUAAAGCACCUUUACGAAUUCCCUCGCGCUGAGAACCCUGAUAGAGACUUCAUGCGGAACCUACCACACUCCGCUGAACCAUGUGAGAAAUGCAAGAUGGAGAAGAAACAGUGCAUCUGUGACACAGCGAAUACACUGGGGGCGACUUCCCAUCCUCGGAAUGCAGGAAUACCCGAUACGGUGAAGGAGGCUAAGAGGAAGCUUAACGAGACCAAGUGCCAGCUGGACGGUCUCGACUUGGAGUCGUGGAAACCUCAUACGAGGAGCACACUCGUUACGUCGUUUGUGGUACGGGAAGUGAGAAAUUAUUCCCAGGCGGAGCUGUGUACGAACGCCUGGUGUAAGAUGAUGGAGAUGCUGGAGGCCAUGCCUCUCGUGCCCAAAGAGGUCUGUAAGAGUGAAGAGGAGGGAGGCGAUGGUGGAGUAGAUGGCAAUAUAAGGACCAUGCAUCUUUGUGAGUGCCCUGGAGGAUUCAUAUCUGCUACCAAUCACCACCUAAGAACUAAGCAUCCGAGGAUGAAGAACUGGCAGUGGAUGGCUAUAACGUUGAAUCCGUACUUUGAAGGGAACAGUCUGACAGCAAUGAUUGACGAUGACGCCUUUUAUCGAGAGACUUAUCUCAAGUGGAGCACUGGGGUCGAUGAUAGCGGCAACAUUAUGGCGUAUAGGAAUGUUCGAGAUUUGGUUGAGAGGGCACAGAGGAAACAGCAAGUGUGCGAUAUAGUCACGGCAGAUGGCUCUGUGGAUUCACAGUUCGAUGCAAACAACCAGGAACGGAUCACGACUCGACUGCAUUUCUCGGAGUUGGUGGCAGCACUCGGCCUUUUACGUACUGGAGGAUCGCUGGUGUUGAAAAUGUUCACACUGUUUGAGCCCUCCUCUAAGGCUAUCAUCUGGCUGGUCCGAGCUAUGUUUGAUCGAUGUAUAGUGUGCAAACCGGAGAUGAGUAAACCUGGGAAUUCGGAGGUUUAUGUAGUCGGCCUUGGUUUUGGUUUUAUCCGUUCGGCAGUGCUGAACCGUCUGAUGGCGCUGAUGGAGGAUGACGCCUUGUGGGCUGGCAUUGAGGCGGGUGAUGACGAGCUGAUCGAGAGGGCUAUUGUGCCGGGUGAGAAGGACGCCUUCUAG